UCCUGGAUCCACUCCACCACACGGUCCACACCAGCUGGUCUAGUUUCCUCUUCAAGGGAGCUUUCUUUCCUUACCUGACAGACACCAGAUUGAAAAAUACCGUACCCUGACUAACUACGACUAUAGUUAACUAACCUCAGCUCCAGCAAAGCCAACUAACUUUCUUUUAUUACUCCAGCUUUUUUUCGGUCUGAUGAAUUCUUAACUUGUUUCCUACAACCUCCUGGUGUAGUGGGUUUCUUUCUUUCUUCAUUCUUGCCUCUUGUCUGCCACUGGCAUCAGUUAAAGCUUCUUUUCUACCCCUCUGAUCCCCCCCAUAUUGGCGCCGCUUCAUCUAUUGCAUGCUUUCUACCCCUGCCCUCUCCCGGAGCAUGCAUUGUAUCGCUGGUUUAAGAGUGAUCUGAUUCAUUGUCCUGCUGUCAUCUAUCUAUCUGCGUGCUUGUUGGCUAGCUUCUGCCUCGGACCAACCCCGCCAUCUACGGAUUCAUGCAGACCAUGCCCCCCCGAGCGUCCAUGACUAGCUCAUUCUCUGUGACGGACGCCAACAAUGAGGUGGUUUGCCCACUGAAGAACAAUGAUGGCUCCAAUUGUCGGAAAAGAUGCUUGGGCGAGAAGCGCUAUCGCUCCAUGCAGGAGCACAUUCGGCGGGCCCAUCCGAACCACUAUAUCCCGAAGCUCCCGGCGACCGAGGAGAGCUUCCUUCUGAUGGUCACCACGCCGCCGGAUCAACGGGCCCAUUUGUCUCCGCCAAACCAGUCUCAGUCUCAUCGGAGGCGCAAUGGAAUCGCCGACCGCGAUAUCUACGUCGCGGAUGCCAGCUCCCCGGCUACUCCUCACGGGCCUGAUGAGACUCAUCCGGCCGCCGCGACUGCCGCUGUAGCUCUGGCCCAGUUGCAUCAUAAUCGGCUCGCUUCGGAUUGGGAUACGGAUAUGGAGAGCCAUUCGGACAACGACCUUGCGCAAGGUCGUAUGCGUUCUUCCAUUGAACUGCCGUCACUGCGUGAUCAUUUCAAACAAGAAUCGUUACGGCCACUGUCGCCUCCUCGCCCACGAGGCCUACUACCGUCCAUCCUCAACCACUCGCCCCCGGGGCGCUCUUCCACCCUGCCUCCGAUCCAACGAAGUGACAAGCUGCCGCGACCGCGCAAGUCCUCUAUCUCUGGAGCUCGCAAGCCGAAACACGAGCGGAUCAAGUCGCGCGAGUUGAACAGACGACGCCCCAGUCUCGGCGACCGCAAGGCACUCUCGGCCGAACCGCAGACUGCCGCAUGGGCGCAAGGCAAACGGUGGGAGGACCUGAUCGAGGCAGCCACAUCGGCGACGGAGGUCGACGACGAUCGACAGUCUGAGCUCGGUCGCUCGCCCACCAUUCCCCCACUGAUUUCCAACCUGACGGGUCCAUCCGAGAAAAAUCGGUCGUCGUUACCCCCGGGGUUCGCACAGUCGGGGCUCCCUCAUCCGUCGCAUCGUCCUUUCGGGCCUCACUCUUACGCGGCAUCGCCUCUGCACAAGUCCCUGACCCCACCUCCCUACGACCUGGCCCGCAACCGCGACAGCGACCUGGAACCGUUCCCGUCCAUCGAGUCGUCACUUGACUCGGCGUCGACGACGUCUGGCAGGAUGGGCGUCAGCCGCCUGGGACCGCCGAUGAACGACUCGAGCCCGGUGCUGAACAUGUUCCCUUCGUCGGCCUCGCAGCGCCAGCACCACCGCUUUUCGAACCCGACCCCGGCUUCCUACCGCAGCAAGGAGAUCGAGAUCUACUGCGCGCAUUGCAAGCGCGCGUGGCCCGUGAACGAGUGCUACGCUUGUACUGAGUGUAUCUGCGGCGUGUGUCGCGAGUGCGUGGGCAUGUUCAUGGGCAGUCCACAGAACUCAUUCCGAAAUGUGACAUCGAGUCCGGGCAGCGCCAUAUCGCAUGGACCUACCAGCUAUCCCAACCGGCCCUGUCCGUCGUGCCGGGCGAUUGGGGGCAAGUGGAAGGCAUUCCGAUUGGAUUUCAGAUGAUUUACCUUUUCUUUCACCUUUUCACCUUCCCCCUUCUUCACCCUUUGCUUUUCUUUCUUUCCUUUUAUUCCUUUAUUUACCGGGACACGGAGUUGAACGGAGUCAAUCAUGUUUUACGGACGUUACGAUUAACGGAUUGAGGGACUCGGUACUCAAAAAAUUUACGGAUGAUGACGGGGAGUGCUUUGCGGGCGGAACAGACAACAGCAGCGGGCACUCCCUAAGUGACGAGAACCCUGGAUGUAACGCACCAGAUGUAAAAGCUGGACUUUUCUUUUCUUUUCUUUCUUUUUCUUCUUCUCUUCUCUUGUUUUCUCUCUUUCACUAGAUGAGAUGUUUUUUUCUUCUUCUCUCACUGGUACAACUGGUGAGAUCUUUCUCUUCAUGAGUGAGAUUUGACGUGACGCUGGCGAUCAUUCGAUAUACACUAACGGUGGCAUUUUGGUGUUGGCCUUUUAUUUUAUAUAUGUUAUCUGGUUGGUUGGUUUGACUUUUUAUGAUAUAUGUAUGGUGACUGCAUCAAUGAAGAUAUAUCUAUCUAUCUUUCCAACUCACCAAGAGUUUCC